AUGCUCAACAUUUUGAUGUCAAUGACGAAAGAAGGCGCCUCUGAUGGGCCGCAGUUCGUCGCUCCUGCAAAAACAAGCAGAGACACACUCAUCACCACUGCAUACAGACUGCAUCGAACCAGAUGGAGGAUUCUCGAGCCAUACAGACGACUGAAGAAUGCUUUGAAGAAGUUACAAGAGGACUAUCUCAAAUCGAAGGAAGCGAAUGCAUUGAUGAGAUAUGUCAAGUUGGGACAAUCGGUUAGAGAGGUGGCAAUGUUGGAGAAACAGUACUGGAAAAUGUUGAAUAUACCAGCACAAGAGGGAAACGAGGACGCCAAUUGCUAUGUUGUCAAAAUCAUCGAACUUCUUGAAGAGACUCCAACUCAACUCCCUCCAACACGUGGAAUCGGAGCAUUGUUACAGUCGACAAUCGGAAAGCCAGCCGAGUCGAAUGUCGACACAGCUCUCUACGAUUCUUUGAAAGCUCGAAAAUCAGAAGAUCUCGUCAAAGAGUGCGAAGCAUUGUAUGCUCAACUGUAUCGUCUCACCAAGAAAUAUCUCGGAUUGAGACGUCUUAUCAAGGAACUCCACGACAAGUACGACGCGUCUCGAAUGUUCCCAAUCGUUCCUCGCUAUGCGAUGCUCAAAAAGAUGAUCAAGGCGACGUUGAGAGCUCCAGAGUUCGCCGACAUUUGCCACGAGCAAACCGAAUAA